ACUUGAAGCUAUGAGCGCUACAAUAGACAGACCAUGAGACAUUUGGGAAGUCGUUCGAUAGUUACUUUGGCUCUCCCUCUCUCCCUCUCUCUCCCGUCCACCGCUGCGGGCCGGCCACCCGACGCCGCCGACGACUAUCAGGUGUAGAUCAGAGAUAUAUAUACAAGGAACUAAGAUUGAGCAAAUAUAUGGAGUUCUAUACAACCUGUCUACCAAGUUCAUCCAAUGCAUCACGCCAUUUCUUGCCUGUGAGGGGCUGCCAUGUAUUUAAGUGCAGAAACAAUAUGAGCUAUUGUGCUCAUCCAAGAUUAAGGCCCCCUGUACGGCGAAGCAAACAAUUCCUGUCAUUUCGGAUCAAAAAUGCUGCAUCAACUAGUUCUGCACCUGCUUCUCAAAAGAUGGCUCCAUCAUCAAGCAGGAAUGGGAAAAUAACAAAAAAGAGUUCGACGGAGAAGUUUAGUGCCAUGGAGCAGCUUGAUAUUGAACGUGGCGUUUGUAUACCAUUCCGCAAAUAUACCCCAGAGACAGUCAGGAACAAGGUUUUGGAAUCUAGAGGGGCUAUAUUAUCUCUUAUAGGUCGAGGGGUGGAGAUAGUCUGGAACUUGGGUCUCUACUGGUCUGCCCUCACCUAUGAUUGCUUGGUUGGACGAGAUGAGGAAGUAGUUCCUUACCGUGCUCGCCAGCUUCGAAACCUAUUAUGCAAUUUGGGACCAUCUUUUAUUAAAGCUGGGCAGGUUCUGGCAAAUAGACCGGAUAUAAUCCGCGAAGAUUAUAUGAAUGAGCUCUGCAUUCUCCAAGAUGAUGUCCCCCCUUUUCCUAAUCAGGAAGCCUUUGCCAUAAUUGAAGAGGAGUUGGGGCAACCUCUUGAAAAGGUAUUCAGCAGAAUCUCAUCCAAGACAAUAGCAGCUGCAAGUUUGGGCCAAGUUUACCGGGCCACUUUAAGGGAGACAAGGGAAGAUGUUGCCAUAAAGGUACAAAGACCUGGGAUAGAACCAAUAAUCUAUCGUGAUCUUUUUCUGUUCCGAACGCUGGCUUCCUUUUUGAAUGGUAUCAGUCUGCAGAAACUGGGUUGCAAUGCAGAGCUUAUUGUAGAUGAAUUUGGUGAAAAACUUCUGGAAGAACUUGACUACACUCUUGAAGCUCGGAAUAUGGAGGACUUCUUGGAGAAUUUUAAGAACGAUCCAACCGUCAAGAUUCCACGAGCUUAUAAGCAGCUUUCUGGUCCACGUGUUUUAGUAAUGGAGUGGAUUGAUGGUAUUCGGUGCACUGACCCAGAGGCCAUCAGAGAAGCAGGCAUUGAUGUAAAUGGGUUUUUGACAGUUGGGGUGAGUGCUGCACUGCGGCAGCUGCUAGAAUUUGGGUUAUUUCAUGGAGAUCCACAUCCUGGAAAUAUUUUUGCUAUGCGUGAUGGUCGUAUUGCUUAUGUAGACUUUGGAAAUGUGGCUGUGCUUAGUCAGCAAAAUAAACAAAUUCUGAUUGAUGCUAUCGUCCAUGCUGUAAAUGAGGACUAUGUUGAGAUGGCGAAUGACUUCACCAGGCUUGGCUUCCUUGCUAGUGGUACAGAUGUCUCUCCCAUUAUUCCUGCUUUAGAGGCAAUCUGGCAAAACUCAGCUGGGAAAGGAUUGGCUGACUUCAAUUUUCGGAUUGUCACUGGAAAGUUCAAUCAGCUUGUCUACAAUUACCCUAUCCGUAUCCCAGAGAGGUUUUCGCUUGUUAUUCGUUCUUUGUUGACCCAAGAAGGCAUCUGUUUCACGCUGCAGCCAGAUUUUAAGUUUCUUGAGGUUGCAUAUCCUUAUGUAGCAAAGCGCCUAUUGACAGACCCGAACCCUGCUCUCCGUGAACGCCUCAUUCAGGUUCUAUUUAAAGACGGAGUAUUCCAGUGGAAACGGCUUGAAAAUCUCAUAGUUCUUGCGAAGGAAAAUGUGGCUAAAAUGAACCAGAAUCCUGCAUUGCAAGUGACAAACAAGCAAAAUUCAAGGAAUUGGCAAGUUGAAAAGAAAUUGGACCUCACAGAAACUAUAAAGGAUGGAGCACGUAUGUUCCUGAUUGAUGCUGGGAUCCGAAGACAACUUAUCAUGGCUCUAACUGAAGACUCCAAGCUUCACAUUCAAGAGCUUGUAGAUGUAUAUCGAUUAGUCGAAGAAGAUGUAGAUAUGCCUGCAGUCGCUUUCGAGGUCUUGCGAGACUUGCCUUCUGUCACACGUGAUUUCAUGCUCUUAUGGAGUGAGGCGGUCCUGUCAGAUCGGUGACGAGCAUCGCAGUUCUUGGCGCACGUAGGACCUGGUCAUGGCCUCAUUUUUGGAGCUCAACUCUGCGGCGGAAUCAUCUAUUCUUUUCAUCUAAUUGCAAUUCUCGCCUCUCUCAUGCAUAAUGUUUUGUUAUUCUGUAUAAUAUAUUAUAAUUCCUCCCUUUCUGUGUAUAUACAUCCUCUUUGAAAGCAUCAAUCUAGAUACAUCUGCUACUUGCAAUAUCUGUCUGUAACUUGGAACUGAUUUAUACAAUACAAAAUACAUGUGGAAUCUAUGAGUGACACCUAUGAUUCUAUAGCUUACAAGAA